AUGGUCACUAAGCCCAGGGUCUUCUGCCCUACAGCAGCAGGGCAACACACCAUUAGACAGCAGCAGGAAACACAACACACCAUUAGACAGCAGCAGGGCAACACACCAUUAGACAGCAGCAGGAAACACAACACACCAUUAGACAGCAGCAGGAAACACAACACACCAUUAGACAGCAGCAGGGCAACACAACACACCAUUAGACAGCAGCAGGAAACACAACACACCAUUAGACAGCAGCAGGGCAACACACCAUUAGACAGCAGCAGGAAACACAACACACCAUUAGACAGCAGCAGGACAACACAACACACCAUUAGACAGCAGCAGGGCAACACACCAUUAGACAGCAGCAGGAAACACAACACACCAUUAGACAGCAGCAGGAAACACAACACACCAUUAGACAGCAGCAGGGCAACACAACACACCAUUAGACAGCAGCAGGAAACACAACACACCAUUAGACAGCAGCAGGACACACAACACACCAUUAGACAGCAGCAGGAAACACAACACACCAUUAGACAGCAGCAGGAAACACAACACACCAUUAGACAGCAGCAGGAAACACAACACACCAUUAGACAGCAGCAGGAAACACAACACACCAUUAGACAGCAGCAGGACAACACACCAUUAGACAGCAGCAGGAAACACAACACACCAUUAGACAGCAGCAGGGCAACACAACACACCAUUAGACAGCAGCAGGAAACACAACACACCAUUAGACAGCAGCAGGACACACAACACACCAUUAGACAGCAGCAGGACAACACACCACACAAUUAGACAGCAGCAGGAAACACACCAUUAGACAGCAGCAGGACAACACACCAUUAGACAGCUGCAGGAAA